AUCAUCAACGAAAAUGAAAUUUGUUUGGAUAUUAUCAAUAUAUAUUUAUAGCUGUUUGACAUAUUUAAUAGAUGGCAGCCAUUUUAGAGGAGGAACCAUAAGCUGGAAAUCUACAGGAAAUGGAAAUGAGGUACAAUUUUCUUUCAAACUAGGAUGGGCCUUUGGACAAGGUCCCGGAUGUAACCCUUCACUUGUUGGACAACUUGUCACUGGAAUGAGUUCUUCUUACUGGACAUGUACGAUGGGGUGUAACCCGACAGUAAACAUUGCAAAUGUUAAUUACAUUUGUACAGGGGCAAGUACACUGGAAAAUUGGGAACAAGGAGAACGAACAUUUACUCACACAUUCCCAGGGACAGGACCGUACAAGGUUGAGUUUACUGGAGGUGAUUGGGUAGCUCUAGAUUAUGGGACUGCGGGCAGCUGGUCCAUCGGAACAGUCGUUUACUUGGAAGAACGCAGUGAUACUCAACAACCUAACACGAGUCCAGUAACUACAGGGAAACCUUUGUAUACAGCCCAGUAUGGAUGCCAGAAUGAAAUUAUAAUCCCAGUUGUCGACGCUGACAGUGAUGACGUUAGAUGUCGCUGGUCUACUGGAUCAGAGUGUGUUUCCAUAUGCAACGCACUGCCCUCUGCCAUAAUCGAUAGUAGAACCUGUACGAUAUCAUUCCCCUCGAACCACACAACCGAUGGAACAUUCGCUGUGGCAUUAACAUUAGAGGAUUUUCCUAAGUCGACUAUUACUAUUGGAACCAAUGUGUAUACUCCUAGCACUCCCAUCUCAACCGUUGUAUUACAGGUAUUUGGUAGUAAGGAUAAAAAUGAUAAAUAAAUG